GUGCUGGAGAAGGCAGCGCGGAUUAGUGCGGGAAGAAGAGAGAGAGAGAGCGCGAGAGCGAGCGCGCGGACUGGAGCUCGCGCGAGUAGAGGGAGUUCGAGCUGCGUCGCUGUCAGUGCGCGAGCUCCGCACAAGCGCCUCAGAGUGACGGUUUUUCCUCCUUCUCUUCUCCUCAGCCUCCUGUGUCAGAAAAAAAACAACAAUUUCUGGAAGAUUCUGUUUUUAUUGUGCUUUACUGAUCAUAUUUCUUUGCUGUGUGAGCUUCUUGUGAAGUGAUGAAAUACAUCGCCGUUUUCUUCGACCGAGAAAGGAAGGAUGUAGCGUGUAAAAAAAGGAGGAUGCUGCUAACGCGUGAAGCUCUGAGGUAGCCGAUAAAAGGUCGGAGAUGCUGCAGCUGUGGGGUUUAAGGCACAAUGGAGGCUGAAAGGAAAAUCCUGAGGCUACAGAAAUGACCUGUCACCGCCACCACCACCACCAUCAUCAUCAUCAUCCUCCUCAUCCUCUACACCUCUAAACGCAGGAAGGCUGAAAUCCCACCGGAUCUAAUCUGAUCAGAUCUGAUCUGCGGAACGUUUGGUUUAUCUAUUUAUUUAUUAAUUGUAUUUUUUAAAUGGCUGCGGCACGGAAAAUCAAAACUUUGCUGACGGUGAACAUCCUGGUGUUCGUUGGCAUCGUGCUGUUCUCGGUGUACUGCCGGAUCCAGGACCGGUCCGAGGAGCUCGUGCAGCUCGGGAGGUCGGGGGAGGCGCGCGCGCGGACCCGACAUGGCAAAGUUACCGACACGGACCGGCAGUCCAUCCUGCAGAGACUGGAGAGGCUCGAGGACGUGGUGUACAACCAGCUCAACGGAGUGUCGAAGGCGAUGGGGCUGCUGGAGGGGCCUGGAGGUCUCGGUCAGGGAGGAGCUGCAGCCACACUUGGGGGUGAAAGUCCAGAAGGCGGGGGCAAAUACGAAGAGUACGGCUACAACGCCCAGCUCAGCGAGCGCAUCUCCCUGGACAGGAACAUUCCCGACUACAGGCCUAAAAAGUGUAAACAGCUGACGUACCCUGACGACCUGCCGCAGAUCUCGGUGGUGUUCAUCUUUGUGAAUGAAGCUCUGUCGGUGAUCCUGCGCUCCGUACACAGCGUGGUCAAUCACACACCUGCUCACCUGCUGAAGGAGAUCAUCCUGGUGGACGACAACAGCGACAGCGUGGAGCUGAAGUAUAACCUGGAUCAGUACGUGAAUAAACGUUAUCCCGGGUUAGUGAAGAUCGUGAGGAACUCUAAGAGGGAAGGUCUGAUCCGCGCUCGGAUUCACGGCUGGAACGCUGCUACGGCUCCUGUAGUCGGAUUCUUUGACGCACAUGUGGAGUUUAACACGGCCUGGGCCGAGCCGAUCCUGUCCCGGAUAAAAGAAGCCCGCAGUCGGAUAAUCCUGCCUGCGAUAGAUAACAUCAAAUACAACACCUUCGAGGUGCAGCAGUACGCUAACGCCGCUCACGGCUACAACUGGGGCCUGUGGUGCAUGUACAUCAUUCCUCCUCAGGACUGGCUGGAUAAAGGAGACGAGACCGCCCCCAUCAGGACUCCUGCGAUGAUUGGCUGCUCGUUCGUGGUGGAUCGUGAGUAUUUUGGAGAAAUCGGCCUCCUGGAUCCAGGCAUGGAGGUUUACGGAGGAGAGAAUAUUGAACUGGGGAUGAGGGUGUGGCAGUGUGGGGGCAGUAUGGAGGUUUUGCCCUGUGCCCGAGUCGCUCACAUCGAACGCACUAAGAAGCCCUACAACAACGACAUCGACUACUACGCCAAGCGGAACGCCCUGAGGGCCGCUGAGGUCUGGAUGGAUGAGUUCAAGUCCCAUGUCUACAUGGCCUGGAACAUCCCCAUGAAUAAUCCCGGCGUGGAUUUCGGAGACGUGUCAGAGCGAGUGGCCCUGAGGAACAGAAUGAAGUGUAAGAGCUUCCGCUGGUACCUGCAGCACGUUUACCCUGAGAUGAGGAUCUACAACAACACCAUCACGUACGGCGAGGUGAGGAACAGUAAAGCGAGCGGUUAUUGCCUGGAUCAAGGCUCAGAGGAUGAUAACAGAGCGAUACUUUACCCCUGUCACGGCAUGUCGUCUCAGUUAGCGCGGUACUCUACAGAGGGCGUGCUGCAGUUAGGACCCCUGGGCUCUACCACGUUUUUACCGGACACUAAAUGUCUGAUUGACGAUGGGCGGGGUCGAACGCCGAGCUUAAAGAAAUGUGACGCAGUGUCGCGAUCCUCACAGAGACUUUGGGACUUCACACAGAACGGUCCGAUUAUAAACAGAGACACGGGCCGCUGUCUGGAGGUGGAGAUGUCUAAGGAGGCGAGUUUUGGGCUGCGGUUGGUUCUGCAGCGCUGCUCGGGACAGAAGUGGAUGAUCCGGAACUGGAUUAAACACCCCAGACACUGAGGGAGCUGAAGAACACACGGCCUCCCCUCUGUCUGCG